AUGAAUAUUUUAUUUAUCCUUCCAUUACUAUUACCACUCAGUUAUUGUGAUUUCGCAUCAAACAAUACAAAGUUUGAAGGAAACCCUUACAAAAAACAUCUGUUCGAUGACCUUUUGAGCAACUAUAAUCGGCUGAUCAGACCAGUCCAAAAUCAUUCGGAGAACUUGACUGUUUGGAUGGGAUUAAAACUCACUCAGCUAACUGAAAUGAAUCUUAAAAGUCAAGUAAUGACAACGAGUGUGUGGUUGAUACAGAAAUGGUUUGAUUGCAAUUUGAAAUGGGAUCCCAAAGACUAUGGUGGCUUAGAUAAGUUAUACGUACCUUCGGAUCAUAUUUGGUUGCCAGAUAUAGUUUUGUUUAACAAUGCCGACGGGAAUUACGAAGUUACCCUUAUGACAAAAGCGGUGCUCAAGUAUACCGGCGAAGUAUUAUGGGCACCUCCUGCUAUCUAUAAAUCGUACUGCGAGAUAAACGUUCUAUAUUUUCCAUUUGACGAACAGAAUUGUUACAUGAUGUUCGGUUCGUGGACCUACAACGGAAAUCAGGUAGAUUUGAGGCAUAUCGACCAAUCGCAGGGCAGAAACCGUGUGGACGUUGGCAUCGAUCUAAGCGAAUUCUAUCUAUCCGUCGAAUGGGAUUUACUCGAAGUCCCUGCAAUCAGGAAUGAAGAAUUCUAUUCGUGUUGCUCCGAAUCAUAUACAGAUAUAACAUUCAACAUAAAAAUGCGACGCAAGACUUUGUUUUACACAGUUAAUCUGAUCAUUCCGUGUGUUGGACUGACUUUCAUGACAGUGUUGGUGUUCUAUUUGCCAUCUGACUCUGGUGAAAAGGUGACUUUGUGCAGUAAUAUACUAGUGUCAUUGACAGUGUUCUUCUUGCUGCUAGCUGAGAUCAUCCCCCCAACAUCUCUCGCAGUUCCACUCCUUGGCAAGUACUUAUUGUUUACUAUGGUCCUAGUGUCUAUGUCGAUCGGUAUGACUGUUGUCGUGUUAAACAUCCAUUUCCGGUCACCAUCAACCCACACUCUGUCACCUUGGGUGAGGACCGUGUUUCUGCACAUGAUGCCACAGAUACUUAUGAUGCGAAGACCACCAUAUUCGCUGAUGACCAAUGACGGAUUCCAAAGCUCACCCGGUUACUUCAACGAACUGGACUACAGUCGAGACAGUAUAAGCGAUAGUGGCGGAACAGAACAAAAACCUCCAUCUUUGACCCAGAGACACUGGUCCUUCAAAAAAAUUCAGACAGUACAGCCUCACAAUUAUCCGGAGAAUGUAAUGCCAAAGACAAUGUCCCCCGAUCUACUCAAGGCUUUGCAAGGGGUCUGUUAUAUUGCUCAACAUAUCAAAGACGCAGACAAAGAUAAAGAGGUGAUCGAAGACUGGAAGUACGUUUCGAUGGUGUUCGACCGGUUCUUCCUGUGGGUGUUCACUUUGGCCUGCAUAGUAGGAACGUGUGCCAUAAUAUUCCAGGCACCCUCGCUGUACGACCAACGGCAACCUAUCGACUUCCAGCUGUCUAGCAUACCCCGGCGCCGCAGCAACCUAGCGCUGCCGCACGAAAUCGACUUUUACGAGCGCACGUACGGUGCCGACUAGAGUAUUAUUUUAUAGAUAUUCGUUGAAAUCCUGCUGAAGGCUUAUUAUAUGUACAUAAUAUUUUACGUAGAUAAUACAUAAGUGUUUAUAGGUGUACCGAAUAAACGAUAUAAUGCGAUUCACGUCCGUCGCAUUCGCGAGUAUAAAAUAUCAUCCUCGAGCUAUCCGUUAAUGCCGUGUGUCUGCUGCAGUCGCACUACUCAUCAAACGUGACGGCUGCAGUGGCAGUUUUAUUCUUUUAUAAGAAUAAAAGGAGGGGACGAAAAUAUUUAAAAAUUAAUACCUCCCCCCUCUCCCCUAAAUCUCCAACCCCUAAUGUUUUCGAUUUUUUGAGCUGUCGUGACGAGAGCUUUAUACAACUAAUAUAUUAUUAUGGAUGAAAAGUAAUACUAUAGCAUCAUUAGGACGGAAUAUAACCACAUAAUAUAAAUUUUUUGUUAAUGGUGAACACUUUAUGUUCUAUCCGUUAUUAAUUAUUAAUGUUAUCUAAAUAAGUCUGAGUGCAUUUAACAAAAUUUGAUAAUAAUUACGUGUGAAAAAAAUUUUUAUUUCCUAUUCUCAGCCCCGCGAACGUGGUAUCUUUAAAUAGCUUUAACCUGCGCACGCGUUGUGGAUACGGUUUUUUUUUUAACGUACGCAAAUCGUUGCUAAUCAGACACUCCAAAAACCCCGUGCUAAGCGCACGUGCGUGUUAUAAUAUUAUCAUGUUAAAUACAAUACGUCAAUACAAUAUUAUAAUAAAUGAGCAGAAUCUGCAGCGUAGAGAAUCGCACGUCGUAUAGACGAAUAAUUCAUGCUAUGAGAGGUAUAUGAUAACUAAAUAUUAUGACUGUAUGAUAGUGUUUAUGCAACUAUUAUGUUCAUGGAGAUAUUCUUACACGGGAAAAUUAAACGUAACAAAUCCUAAUGAAUUUCGUUUUCGCAUGAAAAAUAUUAAUAUUGUAUAAAUGUGUGUUCUACAUCAUAUAUAUAUAUAUACUAGCAAUAAAAAAGCUGAUCGUGUGAUAUUUUAUAGAAAUCAAUAUAUACAUUUUUUUUUUCAUGUUUAAAUUACAUGUUUAUCAAAACUAUCAAAAAUCGUGUAUAUGGAUAGUGUUGCGAUAAUCCACGUAAUCAUAUUAUAUUAUUCGAGUAAUCAAUACUUUUAGUAUCUAAUACUUUUCUAACGAUACGAUAUUAUAAACGCAUUUAAACUCAAGUCGUUAUUGUAUGUUGUAUAUAUAUAUAUAUAUAGAACAGCUUGAGCUAUUUAAUUUUGAAAACUAUUCAUCAUGUUUAGAGCAUGGGGGUGAAAAUAUUUGUCACUCGCUACUUUCGGUUAACAAUAACCAGUAUACACAAAAUAUUCAAUAAGUUUUUUUUUGUCUAAUGCUAUGAAGGAGAUAUAGUAUAUACCUACUGCUGAAAUAAUCUUGUUAUUUGUCUUUUUUCUUUUAAUAAUGCUAUGCUUUUAUUUUUACAUAACCAUUUGUGAUAAGCAGUGAGCUGUUGUAUCCUUAGGAUCCGAAUCGUAUAAGGGUGGCUUAUUAUAAUUGAGGUAUGAGUACAGAUUUUCUGUUUCAAACAUUUUAGUUAAGCAUUUAACAGCAAUUUUAAUAAGUUACUUGCACUAAUUGAACGAUUUUUACAUCAGAACUAUUAUGUAUAAUUGAUAUUCAAUUUGGUAAGAAUGAGAUGAAACACGAUGUAUAAUAGAAAUUGAAAUAACGAUUGUUGAUUGCUAAAAUAUACAUGAUACGCAGAUGUAUAGAAAUUCUCAUAUUAAUUUACAUAAUAUAUGGUUUGUUAAAUAGGUACAGCAAAAGUUAAAAAAAAUUAUAGUGAAAUUGUUUUAAAUUUGAGUUUACAUUGAUAUGUCAGAUAUUUCACGUAUACAAAUACAAUAAUGGUUUAAGAUUUAGAAAUUAUUAUAUCGAUUAGAACUAUCUGUUCAGUGUAAGCUUUGAAUCAUUUAAAUUAAUAUCCAAUUAAUACUCUAUGUUUGCUUUUUUAUAUAUAUAUAUAUAUAAUAUGUUACAAUAUUUUCUUUAAACAAAAUAUAUCAUUAUUAUUAUUCUGCAUCAAGAGGUCCUUUUAAGGAAGAUAAACCCCCUCUACCUGAAGUUUCGAUAUGGCCGUUUAUUGCUGGCAUUAAUAAUAAUAAUAAUAAUAACAAAUAUUCAAAACACCACACAGAGCACGAAUUAUUCGUGAAUAUAUGUAUAUGUCUUAUAACGAACAGUGGGAUCGUGUUUCGAGGUCAAAGAGCAUUUUAUAUAGGUACAUAAUAUACAUAAAUUUAUAUUUAUUUAUAUUAUGCUUGUAUUUUUCGUAUUUGUGUAUUACGUUGCAUGUUGCACUGUAGUUAUAAUAUACUCACUCAGAACGGAGACGAUGGCUGCAGUUGUAUAGAUGUAUUUAUCAUGGCUAAUUGAUGGUCGGAUACUAUACACAAGUAUAUUAAUCUAGUAGAUGGAAAAAAUUAAAAUAAAAAAAUUUUAUAAGUUGAAAACGAGUAUUAUAGGUGAUUAAAAAUCGUGUUUUUGAGUAAUUUAUUUUACCAUGGACACCAAUAAUACCGACAUCGGAAUCAUGUGACAUUUCCAUUGGAUAGGUACGUUAUAACUUUACAAGUUUAUGAACUACCACAAUCUUUAGAGUAAAUAAUAAAUUAUAACUAUUAUCUAAUAAUAUGCAUAAUAAACUUUAUAUAUAUAUAUAUAUCGAUAUAGCUAACUUUCUAAAAGCAUUCAUUAUAUGUAUAAUACACACCUAUUAUCAUAAUAUUAUUAUUAGGUGUAAAUAGUUAUUUUGAAAAGCAUAUGCAUCAUCAUAUUCAUAAACGAAACGUUGAAUUUUGCUCAAACAACCAUUCGAAAGACUAUACAUUUAUUAUUAUUAGGUAUACAUUUAAUAAUGCUUCGGCGAGUGUAUGUAAACAUAGUGUACAGCAUAGAGAAUUUGUAGCUAAUUACGAGUGAGACUUUAUCAAUCGAUCGUGCUUAUAAAUAUCGUAUUCCAUUAAUGAGUGUAGUUGUUUAAUUUUUAUGCAUUUUUGUACGUUUUUUUUUUUAGUUUUGAUGAUAUCGUUAUCGACAGAAUUUUUGAAUUCCGCGGAACGUUUGUUUUCGUUUUCAUAAAAAUAAUACUAACUAAACUAAAUCUUUAAAUACGAGAUUUCUCAGUCGACCGCCAAGCGUAGAAAACUAUAGAACACAUAAAAAAAGUGUAAAAAACAUUUUGAAAAAACUGUAAAUAAUUAAAGAUAAAAAUUGCGAACAGAGUAGGCAUUAUGAUGGACUUUAUCGUUAGUCUUCCAGUAUAUCAUGUGACACUAGUGGUAGAAACAAAUCGAAGUAUCAUGCCUAAAUAUAAUAGAUAUGUGGAUGGAUCUCCCUGCUCAAUGUCCGCAGAUUUCUGUCCAAUUGGAUAAAUAAUAUUGUAUAUUAGUGUUAAGUUUUUAAAACUGUUUUUAUAAUAUUAAAUGAUUAGAAAAAUUUACGAUUUUUUUAUAUAUGUCGAAAGUUUAUCUAUGUGUGUGUUCUUCGUUAAAUUAUUAAAAUUUAUUGAAUAUACCCAACUUAUCCGUACAUUUUAAAUGAAUUAAUUAGUCGGCAGAGUCGAAGUUUUUAGCGCAAAUUAAACUCAAAAAAAGCAAUCCAUUCAAAUAAUUUAUGCUACAUGUCAUCAAAACGUAAAAUAAUUAUGAUUUUCAU